UAUAACAUGUCACUGUCCAUAUGAAUUUGAAGUAGACCGUACCUAUUUUUAAGGUAAAAAAAUAUUACCUAAUGUCAAAGGCGGCAAAAAAUUGUUCAAUUUUUUCUCUCGAUUUCCUAUAAAAAUACGUAAAAAUGAACGCCACAAACAUGCUGUCGGCCAAUAAGGUCAAGCUGCACGGAAUGACCUCCAAGAAAUGGACCACCAAGGACAAAAUAACGCAAUAUAAGGGCCUUAUUAAACUUUACACUAGGGAUAGGAAGAUUAUUGAAAUGGACACUGGUGUAGCUGAGAAGAAGCAAAUCAGAGAACUGAAGAAGUUACAGAAAGAGAUAGAGCAAAAUAAGCACGAUUUGGACAGUGCCAUUCGAGGAGAUAAGCAAAAAUUGAGGAACACAUUGGCGGAACAUCGGGAAAUGCAACUGGCCUACCAAUAUUCCCAACCCGAGAAAGUUAUCGAAAUGGUGGAACAAGUGAACUUUAACAAAAGAAAAUCUAAGGAUUUACUCCUCCAUAAGAAACAACUAAAAACCAAGGAGCUGAUUGACUUAAAGUUGCACUAUGCUGAAGUGGAAGACAUCUUAAAAUUCGAAGGCUUGAGCUGGCAAUGCAUGUUUCCCAGUGAGAAGCAAGCGCAAAUAAUAACGGGCAAGGUGCAAGAUGCCAUUUUGAAGAAAGAGGCUGCUAUAGUUAUCAGGCAUUCCUAUAAGGAGAUGAUAGCCAUAAUGAAAAAGGAUGCCUUGUACUUCGAUGCCAUACUGGAAGCUAUAAGGAACGAUGGUAUAAACCAGGGCAACUGCAUGAUCAACGCGACCAAGCUAGGCCAAUUGGCCACGGAAUACUUGGAUGACAGACGACAGGAGUUCAAGGUUUUGGAAAAGAUCGUUAAGAGAGACUUGGCAUCAAGGCGGAUAGAUCUGGAGAACGUCAGUAAAAGGGUGCUGUCGUUCGGUUCCAAUAUCAAAAAUCUGCUCAGAAGAGACAGUGAUCUGAAUUUGGGAAAGGUUCAACUGAAACCUUCGGAAAGUUUUACCGGUCUUCAGCUUGAUCUAAAGGAUGUUGAGAUGACUUUAACCUACCUGAAAAAUGCAAUUUUUGUGCCAAGUUUGGAAGCUAUAUAUCCAUGUCUUCAGGAGCAACUUCGCCAAAAGGAGCGUUUGACAGAAAUGGUGGCAAAAUGCGAAGCCAGCAACACUGAACUGAUGACGAAAUCAAAUCAUGCAGCAUCAAUAAAAUCUGAGCUGGAAAAUACCAUGGUGGAAACAACUAACCAAUAUAAAGAAAGUAAAACGAACUUCUUAAAAGAAAUUGGCGAACAGGAGGAGCAGAUCGAAAGCAUUACUAAGCUGACGGAGAACAGACACAGCGUCCUUGCUAAAAUACGCGUGGCCCUGAAGCAUCUGCAGUUGCUGGCCAAUUUGCUCUCUGUCGAAGAGAGCAAAGACAGAUCUCAUAGGAUGAGAAGGCAAAUUGCGAUUGCAGAACUCGUAGAGAAACCCGCCGAAGACGAAAUAGAUGUCACUAAAAUAAUUCCCGACUUGGUGAAGAAAUUUACGAAACUAGCCCAACAGGCCAAAGAUUUCUUAGAGCACGCCGAAAGGGAAGAAGGCUACAAAUCUUUCGAGCGCAUGAUGUACGAGUCUACCAAAACUAUGUCUAUGGAUUACGUAAUUAGCGAAGAAUCUUUGAUCGAUUCCGUGUUUACGGAUCACAACAUCCUGACCAGAGCUGAUAUUAAGAAGCAAAGCGAAGAAAUCGUACAGGCCAAUCAAGUAUCCGACGAUUUCGUACCGGACAAAAAGAAGAAGAAGCGAUUUUCUUGAAAAAAGUGCCAGAAAAAAAUUAUUAAUAGUGUAAAAAUGAAAAAUAAA